AGCACAGCAAAGUGAUCUGUAAAUACCAUCCAGGCCAGCGCAGCCUUCCAAAUAUAACUAAACUAACUUUUCUGCAGGCGGCUGAAGGGGCCCCACUCGGAGACUCUGCAGUCUGGACUGUGUUGGUCUCACUUGUUUAAAUGGACUUCCCGAAGGAGAGGGGCAAUCUGGAGGAAGUGGAGAUUGACCUGGAGGAUUCCAGUGACGCGGAGGAUCUCGACGACGGGGAGCGAGCGGAGGCGCCAUGGAGGACCCGCCCUGACCUGCGGGACGAAGAGGAAAACAUUGAUACGUCUUCUUUGGUGGAUAUCAGCGAUACCAAACCUCUGCUCAAUAUCAGAGACCCUCGAGGGAUCAACGACUGCCUCAAGGUGACCUUUGAGGACGUUAUCGCAGAGCCGUUGUCAGUGCGCAGUGGCGACCGAGUCUGGAUCUGGAGCCACGCCCUUUUCGAGGUAUGCAGAGUGUGGAUGUACCGGGCGUUCACAGUGCUUCUGGCCCUUCCCAUGUCUCUCCUCUCUGGGCUCCUCUUCGCCGUCCUCAGCUACCUCCACGUCUGGAUGAUACGCCCGAGCAUGCAGGCCAUUCUGAUGGGAACUCGCUGGCUCCAGAGCCUGUGGAAGGCGACGCUGGACGUCUUGGUGCGCCCCCUGCUGACUAGCACAGGACGAUGCUGUGGCAGCUUCAGCGUUCACCUGGCAGAGAAUUGACACGUUUUUCUUUUGUUUUUUGCCAAGCGGACGUUCUUAUGGUUGAAUUUUGAGAUCAUAUUUACUGUUUUGCUCACACCUCAGCAAACAUAAUAACCUUUCUGCGUGCUUCAAAUAGCUAACAAAGUAACUUUCACAUGGAAAUAUAUGGGGUAUUUGAAAAAACAACAACAAACAUAAUUCUUAUGUUUACAUCAUGUAAACAGUGCCAGUCAAAAGAUGCUUACAUAAUUCAAUGACAAAGGGAUGUGACAAAAAUUCAGACAGCUACCGUAUAAGCAAUGAUAAACAUAGCUAUUAUAUCAUACAUUUUUACGUAUUUUCUGGACUAUAAGGCACACUUAAAAUAUUUUUUUCCCCUCAAAACUCGACAUUGGCCUUAUAACCCGGUGCGAUUAAUGUAAGUAAUAAGAUUGGUGGAACUUACCCACCUCGAAGCUAUUUUAUUUGGUACAUGGUGUGAUGAUAAGUGUGACCAUUGGAUGGCAGUCAAACAUAAGAGAUACGUGUGGGCUGCUCUGUGAUGGCAAUAUGUCUCAAGUAAACAGCACCAACAUUUUAAAUGUUCCAAUUGAAAUUAUAGAACAUUACACACACGCUCAAAAAUUUAUCAAAAUAUUUUCCACUCCCGUCCUUGCAUGCUACACCGCUACAACAAAGAUGACGGGGAGAAGACACUGCCAAAGGUGAGCCACGUAAAUAAGACCGCCCACAAAACGGUGCAUCCGGAAGUAACUGUCAGAAAGCGGCUUGAAGAUGAUCCGUAAAACAUCAUCUAUUCAACAUUUUGAUCAAAUAACCACCAUUACAUGUUAUGUAGACCACAAGGAAGUGUUUUCCAUUUAGAAAAACUAAAUUUUAAUAUGACUCCUUUAAUGUGCCCUAUAAUCCGGUGCGCCUAAUAUAUGAAAAUUCAUCGGCAGUGCACCUUAUAAUCCGGUGCGCCCUAUGGUCCGGAAAAUACAGUAAUAAUUUUAUUAAGAUGUUUUUGGCCAGCACUUCAAAACAACCAACAAUGUACUGAUCAAUUGUUUACAUUUUUUAUUGCAUAAAUAAUAGGAAUAUCCGUCAUACAGAAAGAGAAUGAAGUCGGCAAACUUUAGAUCAAUCCAUCCAUCUUCUUCCGCCUAUCCGAGGUCGGGGCCCCGGGGGCAGCAGCCUAAGCAGAAAAGCCCAGAUUUCCCUCUCCCCAGCCACUUGGUCCAGCUCUUCCUGGGGGAUCCUGAGGCGUUCCCAGACCAGCUGGGAGACAUAGUCUUCCCAACGUGUCCUGGGUCUUCCCCGUGGCCUCCUACCUGUCGGACAUGCCUUAAACGCCUCCCUAGGGAGGUGUUAAGGUGGCAUCCUGACCAGAUGCCUGAACCACCUCAUCUGGCUCCUCUCGAUGUGGAGGAGCAGUGGCUUUAUUUUGAGCUCCUCCCGGAUGACAGAGCUUCUUACCCUAUUUCUAAGGGAGAGCCCCGCCACCCGGCAGAGGAAACUCAUUUCGACCGCUUGUACCCGUGAUCUUGUUCUUUCGGUCAUAAUCCACAGCUCACCACCAUAGGUGAGGAUGGGAACGUAGAUGGACCGGUAAAUUGAGAGCUUUGCCUUCCGGCUCAGCUCCUUCUUCACCACAACGGAUCGAUAUGGCGUCCGGAUUAUUGAAGACGCCGUACCGAUUCCUCCUGUCGAUCUCAUGAUCCACUCUUCCCUCACUCGUGAACAAGACUCCGAGGUACUUGAACAAGAUCUCCUCCCUUUUCCGGACGAGAACCAUGGACUCGGACUUGGAGGUACUGAUUCAUAAGGGGAGUUUUUUUUACUUUGUCCCAGGGAGAUGGGCACAUUAAUAGGGACACCUCUCAGUAAUUUACUGUCUAUUGCAUCUUGUAGGACUUCAUGUGUGUUAUACUGUAACCAUGAUCAAUUUACAGCAAUAAUAAUCAUUUUUCAUAUUUCUAUUAUUUUGAAA